CUUCUAAUGAACUGAAAUCUCCGAGAGCCGCCAAGGCUCUGGUAGUUUCACUAAACUGUCCUUGCUCUUCCUGCAUCUGCCCGGUCAAGGGUAUCUUUGCCUGAGGUCGGAUAGAUGCUAUUAGUGCCAAUGAUAUGAUUGCAUAGCAACACAGAGCGGCUCCGAAAGAGGGGAGGAGGGGCAGAAGGAGGACAGGGAGGUGGGAGAGACGGAGGGAGAGUGUGCAUACAGCAGCUGUCGGCAUUCCUGUCUCAGGGACUUCUUUGCUGAUUCACAGAAGCAGCCCAGCUCCAGCCACCCAGCUCCCAGUUGCCGCCUGAUCCUCAGACCUGCCGGAAUCAGAAGGUGCUUAUGCUGAACAGCUGAUGUACUGCCUGUCCCCACCCACCCCCAUGAGCCUCGGUUCUGAUGCAACCUAUGGUCAUGCAGGGAUGCCCUUACACCCUCCCACGAUGUCAUAAGUGGCAGGCAGCUGACAACUUCCAUCAUAGCCGCAGCCUCCGAAGCACCUGCCCCCAGCCUCAGGUUAGGGCUGCUGCCACCACCCCUGCGCCUCCUCACGAUGGUGCUGGGGUACCCAGCCUAAGUCCAAAGCUAUUCAACGGGUCUGUUGGUGCCGCCAGAACCCUGGAACCACCAGCCAUGAAUCUGUGUUGGAAUGAAAUCAAAAAGAAGUCUCACAAUCUCCGUGCCCGGCUAGAGGCCUUCUCAGACCACAGUGGAAAGCUUCAGCUCCCUCUCCAAGAGAUAAUUGACUGGCUCAGCCAAAAGGAUGAGGAAUUGUCAGCUCAGCUGCCCCUACAAGGGGAUGUGGUCCUGGUGCAACAGGAGAAGGAGACACACGCGGCCUUUAUGGAAGAUGUCAAGUCUCGAGGCCCCUAUAUUUACUCUGUGCUGGAGUCAGCUCAGGCCUUCCUAUCCCAGCACCCAUUUGAUGAAUUAGAGGAGCCUCAUUCUGAGAGCAAAGAUACCUCUCCUAGACAGCGGAUCCAGAAUCUUAGCCGCUUUGUGUGGAAGCAGGCAACAGUGGCCAGUGAACUCUGGGAGAAGUUGACAGCCCGCUGCGUGGACCAGCACCGCCACAUUGAGCGCACUCUGGAGCAGCUGUUGGAGAUCCAAGGGGCAAUGGAGGAAUUAAAUGCAUCUCUAACCCAGGCCGAGGGAGUCCGAGCCACUUGGGAGCCCAUCGGGGAUCUCUUCAUUGAUUCACUUCCCGAGCAUAUCCAGGCUCUUAAGCUCUUCAAGGAAGAAUUCUCCCCCAUGAAAGAUGGAGUGAAGUUAGUAAAUGAUCUGGCCCAUCAACUGGCCAUUUCUGAUGUGCACUUGUCAAUGGAGAACUCCCGGGCUUUGGAGCAAAUCAACAUCCGGUGGAAACAGCUACAGGUGUCAGUUGGCGAGAGGCUUAAGCAGCUUCAGGAUGCUCACCGGGACUUUGGGCCUGGGUCACAACACUUCCUCUCCUCCUCUGUUCAGGUUCCCUGGGAAAGAGCAAUUUCACCCAAUAAAGUUCCCUACUACAUCAACCACCAGGCUCAAACCACAUGCUGGGACCAUCCCAAGAUGACCGAGUUAUACCAAACUCUAGCUGAUUUGAACAACAUUAAGUUCUCAGCUUACCGCACUGCCAUGAAGCUACGCAGAGUCCAGAAGGCGCUGCGCUUGGACCUCGUAACUUUAACCACAGCCCUGGAGAUCUUCAAUGAGCAUGAUCUGCAGGCCAGUGAGCAUGUGAUGGAUGUGGUGGAGGUCAUUCACUGCCUGACUGCCUUAUAUGAACGGCUGGAGGAGGAAAGAGGCAUCCUGGUCAAUGUGCCGCUCUGUGUGGACAUGAGUCUCAACUGGCUCCUCAAUGUUUUUGAUAGCGGUCGCAGUGGAAAGAUGCGGGCAUUAUCCUUUAAAACUGGCAUUGCCUGCCUGUGUGGCACGGAAGUGAAGGAAAAACUGCAGUACCUCUUCAGCCAAGUGGCCAACUCAGGCAGCCAGUGUGACCAACGCCAUCUUGGUGUCCUGCUUCAUGAGGCCAUUCAGGUGCCCCGUCAGCUGGGGGAAGUGGCAGCCUUUGGUGGCAGCAAUGUGGAGCCCAGUGUCCGUAGCUGCUUCCGUUUUAGCACUGGGAAGCCAGUCAUUGAAGCUUCACAGUUCCUGGAAUGGGUCAACUUGGAGCCCCAAUCCAUGGUGUGGCUGGCUGUUCUGCAUCGGGUCACCAUUGCUGAACAAGUAAAGCAUCAGACCAAGUGCUCUAUCUGUAGGCAGUGCCCCAUCAAGGGCUUCAGGUACCGGAGUCUGAAGCAGUUUAACGUGGACAUCUGCCAGACCUGCUUCCUGACUGGCAGGGCCAGCAAGGGCAACAAACUUCACUACCCCAUCAUGGAGUAUUACACCCCGACCACAUCCAGUGAGAACAUGAGGGACUUUGCCACUACCUUAAAGAACAAAUUCCGCUCAAAGCAUUAUUUCAGCAAACACCCUCAGCGAGGUUAUCUGCCUGUUCAAUCAGUGCUGGAGGCUGACUACAGUGAGACGCCAGCUUCUUCCCCGAUGUUGCCACACGCUGACACACACUCCCGAAUUGAGCAUUUUGCCAGCAGGCUUGCUGAGAUGGAAAGUCAAAAUUGCUCCUUCUUUAAUGACAGCCUGUCCCCAGAUGACAGCAUAGAUGAGGACCAGUACCUGCUACGGCACUCCAGCCCCGUUACAGACCGGGAGCCGGCCUUCAGACAGCAGGCUCCGCACAGCAUGGCCACGGGGAGCAAAGGGGAGCUUGAGAAGAUCCUAGCCCACCUAGAGGAUGAGAACCGGAUUCUCCAGGGAGAGCUGAGGCGCCUGAAGUGGCAGCAUGAGGAGGCCACUGAGGUACCCGCCCUGACUGAGGGCUCUGCCGAGGUGGCGCAGGGCCACUGCAAUGAGGAGCUGCUGGCUGAGGCCCGGAUCCUUCGGCAGCACAAGAGCCGCCUGGAGACGCGCAUGCAGAUUCUUGAAGACCACAACAAGCAACUAGAGUCCCAGCUGCAGCGCUUAAGGGAGCUGCUCCUACAGCCACCUAUCGAAUCCAAUGGCAAUGGCUCUGCAGGCUCGUCUCUGGCUUCCUCUCCACAGCAGUCAGAAGGCAGUCACCCCCAAGAGAAAGGACAGACUACUCCAGACACUGAAGCUGCAGAUGAUGUGGGAUUGAAGAGCCAAGAUGUCAGCCUCUGCUUGGAGGACAUCAUGGAGAAGCUCCGCCAUGCCUUCCCCAGUGUACGAAGUUCUGAUGUGACUGCCAACACACUGCUGGCCUCUUGAGGGAACCAGAGCCCCAUCCUAUAGUCCAUGGUCCUCUCCUGGUCUGGCCAAAGGCUUUCCUCAGACUUCACCCAACCUUCCCAGUCCCCAGUGGCCCCACUCUCCUCAGCUGGAGUAAUUUGUGCUCUGGGCAGCAGCAGAGAUUUGGUGGUAUGCGAGGCGGGGGUAGGGGGGCUGGAGGAGGGAGAGGCAUCAUUCCUCUGAUUCUAGAAAUGUGCCCUUUACUUCAAGUUUGAGGUCAGUCCCUUCAGUACGCUUCUGUUGCAGCCCAGGCUGAUGGCACUUGGAAGCCAUUCAGAUGGGUUGCCUUGUGAAGCAGUGCCCAUUGGGCCCUUUCCAUUCUCCAUGGAAUGAUGGAGAUGGAGGGCACCUAAUGACCCCAAGGCUCCAGCAUUAUGAAUACACAGAACUUAGCCCCACUCUCUGACCCAACACAAGGGAGGUGAAGGGGUAGUCUGAAGACACUCCCACCCCCCAAAGUACCCCUGAAAAAUGUGGGCAAUGUAUGUCAUGUAACUUCAGCUCAAGGGUAUAGCUCUAGUCCUCCUGAUGCUACCUAGAUGUUGUUCCCCCUGUGAAUAUCUUCAGUUUCUUCUGCCUCAGUCCCUGGCAGACCUUUCUCAAGGGGGAACAGUUCAUUCAGGUUCCUAUUUUCACCUUACUUUGGGAAACAGUAAAGAAAUAUGUAAGGGCUUAGAUAUUUUCCCCGGAUCCUCCUCGUUCCUGAAAGGCUCAGCAUCCUGAGAGACCAACUCUUCUGAGUCAGCCCUCACAGCCCCGGGGGAGGGCUGGCAGCUUCUCAGCAAGGGGGCCUUCUCCUUGGGUGAGGAAAGGAAAGCCACCCUCUAGACCAGAGGAGUCUGACUGUCCCACACCCUUGACGGCUGUGACCCUUCUUUCUCUUAAGUUGAAUCAGAUGAGGUGGCUGAUAUCCCUCAGCUAAUCAGAAGGCACAUGGAGCAGUCCACCCUGAAUAGCAGCCCUUUCCUAGGAUCCACGGGCUUCAGAUCAGCAAGUUGGCCACUUUCUGCACAGACAACAGCAGGGCCUUCCUUUGCAUAAAACCUUUCUUUCUAACUCUGGAAAAUGAACCCAGUCCUCAAAUUUGUUAGGCAGAUUUCUGGAUAAAUCUGCCUAAGCAGUUUUAUCUAACUCUUCCUAGGCAACACAUACCAUGAUCCCUUUAUCCAGAAACUAUUCAGAGUAGAUAGUGGGAAGGGGGAGCUUCGGGGGAGCAGGCUUGGGAACUUUGAACAGAGUCAGGUCUCAUUUAGGCAGAUUUCUGUCAAAAGGAACUUUAUAACUUAGAAUCCUGCAACUGACUUGAUUUGCCUAAGUUUAUAGAGAUACUUAGCUAUCCUUCAUAUUGACUGUACAUCAGUACUACCCCAGCCUCACUCACACAUUAAAUUCUAAUACCUCUUGAAGUAUUAAUGUUCUGCUUUGCUCUUUGUUAGUCCCAGCCUCUGGAUGGACAGAUAAGAUGCCUCCUAGCUGCUCAUUUAGGAUGUCUCUCCAUUCAUAUUUGAGGUGAGCCAUCCUCAAGACCAAAGCAAUAGAAAGCCUGUGGCCAC